UUAGCGCUUCAAGGUCCUUAAGUUCCUUAAUCUGGCACUGGUUUGAAUGGAGAUUAUAUCAAAAAGAGGACCUCCAGCUACCCCAUCUUCAAGUUCUUUAUGAGCACCCCGUAGUCACGCUUAACGAAUAUCACACAUUUUUGAGAUUUGUUAAUGAGCGUAGUCGACGCGCUGUUAAAUCAUAAAAUAGAUAAACAUUUACUAGGUAGGUACUGCCUAACUCAAUGGUACUGCCUCUUAUAAUCUUGUUUAAUUUUUUUGUUUUGUAUUCCAUUGUAAUUACUGUAUUAAAAGAGUCACGUCGAAAUCUAGAUGCGAGUCUCCCAACUGGAGGCCUUGCUACGCCUAUGCUUUCAAUUAGUUUUAAUUUUUUAUUAAUCAAUUGUUAUCAAUAAUUAUCAUAUGACCUACGCUUGCAACUUGAAAAAUCACAACAGAAGUUCGCAUAAAAUUAAGGUUAGGAAUAGGUCUUUUAUUAUAUUUGAGGUUAUAAAUAUGUACGUGUCUUUAUUUAAAAUUGUACUACCUAUCUAUGAUGUUGUUUUUAAUAAAAAGUGCAUUGGAAUUUCCAUAAAAGUGCUAAGUAAUUACACUUUUUCCUACAGUUUCCCUUAUUAUCAAAUUACAACCAUAAAGUAGAUAAGCCAAAUUCAUUCCUAACCUAAAAUCCUUUAUUGCAUAAUUUGUACACAUUUAUCGAUAAGAAAGAAGAUAAUUAGGAUGCUAGUCUACAGUUUGAGUCUAAAGGGGCGACUUCUGUACAAACACAGCAAGUUUGUAUAAUGUUACAUGUACUACGUAAUAGCUGUUUUAAAUCUUCGUUAAAUAGAAAAGAAAUAAAAUUAUUGAAGGAGCAAAUUGUAGGUAUUGUAAGAAGAUCGUGUAAAACUUCAGUGAACGUUGUGAAUGAACAUAAAACGGAAAGAGUGAAUAAUGUGAGAAUUUCUAGUCGACUGGUGGAAAGUGCGCCGAAAUCUGUACAGCCAUAUUUAAAAUUGAUGAGAUUGGACAAGCCUGUUGGAUCAUGGUUGCUGUACUGGCCAUGCGGUUGGUCAAUAGCAUCGGCUGCGGCACCUGGAGCAUUGCCAGAUCCAUACAUGCUCCUUCUGUUUGGUACUGGAGCUGUGGUUAUGCGAGGAGCAGGCUGUACAAUUAAUGAUAUGUGGGACCGUGACAUCGACAAGAAGGUUGUUCGAACUCGAGAACGUCCAUUAGUUAGUGGUAGUGUUUCGCUAAAGCAAUCUUGGAUAUUUUUAGCCGGACAAUUAAGCGUAGGCCUAGCAGUUUUGAUGCAGCUAAACUGGUAUAGUGUAUUUUUAGGCGCAAGCUCAUUGGGACUUGUUGUGACGUAUCCGUUAAUGAAACGCUAUACGCAUUGGCCUCAGUUUGUGUUAGGACUAGCUUUUAAUUGGGGUGCGCUAUUAGGGUAUAGUGCCAUACAAGGUCACGUCAAUGGUCCCGUUUGCAUACCGUUGUAUGUUGCAGGAGUGUGUUGGACACUCGUAUAUGACACCAUUUACGCACAUCAAGAUCGUAAAGAUGAUUUAAUUAUCGGUAUGAAAUCUACGGCCAUCCGUUUCGGUAAUAACACAAAACUAUAUUUGUCAGCAUUCACCGUCACCAUGAUAACAAAUUUAAUAAUAUCUGGCGUAAUGAACGCUCAAACAAUGCCUUACUAUGCAUCUAUCGCGUUGCUCUCCUCUCACUUGGCGUCCCAAAUAUUUAUGCUGAACACGGAUAGUGUAGCGGAUUGUGCUUCAAAGUUUGUGUCAAAUGUACAUGUAGGAUUGAUCUUAUUUUGUGGCAUUGUACUAGGAAAUUUAUUUAAAAAAGAGGAAAACUGUAAAGAAAAACACAAAACUUUAACAGAAAUGUUAUAAGCUAGUCAGUGUAGGUAAUUCAAUUCUUGAUCGCUAGGGAUAGAAAUAAAGAAAUUAAAAACUAUGAAUGUGAUA